UUUCCCUAGAAAACAUUCCUCUCUCCCUCUCUCACGAAAGAGAAAACAAGGAACACCUUCAAAAUUCCAAACUUUCAAACCGCCAUCUCAAAUGUCAACCUCUCCCUCUCUCUUGCUCCGUGGAAUUUAAAGUGAACCCUCAAAAGAAAGAGGGCCAGAGUCUGAGCCCCAAUACCUUAACCUCGAAAUCACCAGCAAAUCGAGUGGGGUUUCAGUGUGAUUUGUGGGCGUAAGGGGUGGUGUCUAAAUGCUAGUGAGAUGAGCAGCCACAAGUUCCAAGUCUUCGACUCCGUUCCUGCGCGAGUGUGAGUGAGAGCGUGCGAUUCUCUCAUGGCUAAGCGCGUGUACGAAGUAUGGAAAGGAAGUAAUAAGUUCAUCCUUGGCGGGAGGUUGAUAUUUGGGCCAGAUGCUAGAUCACUUCUUGUCACCUUAUUGUUGAUUAUUGUCCCAAUUGUCGUCUUUUGUGUCUUUGUUGCAAGGCAUCUUCGGCAUGAAUUUUCACCAUAUAAUGUGGGAUAUGCAAUUCUUGUGGUAGCAAUUAUCUUUACUAUCUACGUCUUGGUGCUUCUUUGUCUUACUUCAGCCCGGGACCCGGGUAUUAUUCCACGUAAUUCACAUCCUCCAGAGGAAGAAUUUCGUUAUGACACUUCAGUGUCAAUGGAUGUUGGGGGGCGACAAACACCAAGCCUCCAGUUCCCUCGAACGAAAGAAGAAAUGGUCAAUGGCUAUACUGUGAAGGUGAAGUAUUGUGACACUUGUAUGCUAUAUCGGCCUCCUCGUUGCUCCCAUUGCUCCAUUUGCAACAAUUGCGUGGAGCGUUUUGAUCACCAUUGCCCCUGGGUGGGCCAAUGCAUUGGACUGCGAAACUAUCGGUACUUCUUUCUGUUUGUUUCUUCGGCGACUCUUCUUUGCAUCUAUGUGUUUGCUAUGUCAGCUUUGUACAUUAAGGUUCUGAUGGAUCACCAUGGCACUGUUUGGAAAGCGAUGAAAGAAUCUCCCGCAUCUGUGGUGCUAAUGGCCUAUUGUUUCAUAUCCCUGUGGUUUGUUGGUGGACUUACUGGCUUCCAUUUGUACCUUAUAGGCACAAACCAGACUACCUAUGAAAAUUUCCGGUACAGAGCUGACAGCAGGAUCAAUGUUUAUGACCGGGGUUGUUUAAAUAAUUUUCACGAGGUAUUUUGCACAAAAGUGAAGCCUUCAAGGAACAACUUCCGAGCUUUUGUUCAAGAGGAGAUACACAGGCCUCCCCCUUCACCUGGCCCUCGGGAAGGAGCAGGAGGAGAUGAUUUUGGUGCUGAUCGACGUCCAAAGGUAGAAGACGAUCUAGAGAUUGGUGAAGACUUGUUGAAGAUCUCCCAGCGUCGUAAUAUUGACGAAAUUGAUGAGGACAUACGCAGCAGAGGGAGCAAUGGACCUCCCCAUAAUACCUCAGAUGCUGAUUCUGUUUUGGGUUCAGAUCAUCGAGCUCCCACCAUUCGGGCUGAUGCUCGUCACUCGAGUUGGGGAAGAAGAAGUGGGAGCUGGGAGAUUGCGCCAGAGGUCUUUGCCCACUCCAAUGUCACUGAAAGCAGAAGUUAUGUCACUCCGAAGGAAGCACGGCAGUGAUAGGGCAAUUUGUUUAUUUGAUCUUAUUAGCGUGGCAUCCACUUGGGUGAUGUGUGGUUACUUUGAUGUUCUUUUCCUUGUUUGGAAGGAAGCUGACAUUCAUGAGAGGUUUUCAAUUAGGGCAAGAGGAAUCCAAUUUACUCCCCUUUCAGGUAUAAAACUUAUUUUACUUUUUAUGUGGGAAUGCUAGCUCUUCUAUUUUUCAGAAAAAAAGUAUAGAAAUGUGUGUAAUUGUUUGAGAGAUAAGGAGAUAGUGUCUUUUUCCAUUUUCUGUUUUAUUCUUUAGUUAUCUAUCGAUAUUAUGUACUGCUAUUUCGGAUCCAAUCUCUAGUGGUGGCUUUAUUCUUUGUGUAAAUAAACCCACUGCUUUGAAAGUGAUUCCCUAUUUCAAGCUGUUCUGUUGAUAAUGAAGUAUUACCUAUCCCUGCAUUCUAGAA